AUGGUACCAGUAGGAAUAGUAACAUUAUCAGUAUUAUUAUAUGCUAUAGAAUAUAUGAGACAUGAUCCUAAUCGUAAUCGUUUUUAUAUAAUAUUAAGUGUUUUUGCUAUAUUUAUGACUAUAUUAGUUAUAAGUGAUAAUUAUAUAAUGAUGUUUAUAGGAUGA